AUGCUGCAGAUAUUUCAUAACUCGCUGAUUGGCUCGCGGCGCCUGUCGUCAGUGGAUUUAUCCAGCAACCUCUCACUCCCUCCCAUCACAACCAACGAGAAAUCCGGCUCUGAGUCACAUUCCAGAAUGAAGCAGGAGGAGCACCAGGUAGCGAGCACGGACAACGUGCGUCUGUGCGUCAAGACAUGGCCGGCGCGGCCGAGCUUCGACGGCGGAGAGUACGAGCAGCAGAAGAAGCAGGCGCUGCUCGCGGUCGUCGUGCAUCCCUACUCGCGCAUGGGCGGCUCGCAGGCCGUCACGCAGGGGCUGGCGGAAUGCCUUUGUCUGCGCGGGUUCAACGUGGUGACGUUUGACCUGCGCGGCGCGGGCAAGUCGACGGGGCACCCAUCGUUCACGGGCGAGCCCGAGGUGGCUGACGUGAUGGCCGUGUGCCGCUGGGCGGGCGAGAAGUACGCCCAGCGCAUUCUGCUGCUGGGGUCGUCCGCAGGGGCGCCCAUAGCGGGCUCAGCCCUGCCGCACUGCCCGCAGGUCGACCUGUACGUGGGCGUGGGGUACACAUUCGGCCUCCUCUCCUCGAUGCUCUUCGGCUCGCACUUUGCCACCGUGCUGGCGUGGCCGGGCCCCAAGCUGUUCAUCAUGGGCGCUAAAGAUGAGUUCACGAGCAUCAAGCAGCUGGAGGCGCGUGCGGGCAAGGCGGUGGGCGUGGCGAAGGUGAGCAUUGUGGAGGGCGUGGGGCACUUUGGGCUGGAGGGGCCCGCGUAUGACGAGGAGGUGGCCAAGCGCGUCGGGGAGUUCGUCGCUGAGAACGCCGGUGCUGGUGCUGGUGGUGGUGGUGGUGGUGGUGGUGGUGGUGGUGGUGGUGGUGGUGGUGGUGGUGGUGGUGGUGGUGGUGGUGGUGGUGGUGGUGGUGGUGGAGGGGACGGGGGUGCUGGUGGGGAGGAGGGGAUCAAGGAGAGUGAUAGCUAG